AUGUCUACAACCAAACCACAGUCAAUCCUUAUAGUCGGGGCCGGUACAUGGGGCAACAGCACAGCCCUCCACCUCAUGCGCAGAGGAUACACGGAUGUCACGCUCGUCGAUCCGUACCCGGUCCCCUCACCAAUCUCAGCGGGCAACGACGUGAACAAAAUCGUCGAGCAGGGCAUCUUCUCCGAAGGUGACGACGAGGCAUUCGUGGCCAAGACAGUUCUCGACGCAGCGAACAAGGGAUGGACGUCUGACCCGGUGUUUAGCCCUUACUAUCAUGACACAGGGUACAUCGUGGCAGCGAGUUCGCCGGACGGCCUCAAACAGCUGUUCGACCGCGAGAGGCCUGACAUCAACCCCGAUUUUGUGCGCUUGGAAGACGCCGAGUCGUUUCGACAGACUAUGCCAGACGGUAUACUCACGGGUGAUUUUCCGGGAUGGAAAGGGUUGUACAAGAGCACGGGAGCGGGCUGGGUGCAUGCGAGAAAGGCACUUAUUUCUUGCGCGACCGAGGCCAAGAAGCUGGGAGCGAAGUACGUCGUCGCUGAGGUGACGGCGCUGAUCUUUGAGGACGGAGACGUGAAGGGUGUCAAGACGAAUGAUGGUAGGGAGAUGAGGGCGCAUACAACGAUCCUUUGCGCUGGAGCGAAUUGUGACCAGUUGCUCGAUUUCAAGGGCCAAUUGAGACCGACGGCGUGGACGCUGGCUCAUAUCCAGAUGACGCCUGACGAAACCAAAUUGUUCAAGAACCUGCCUGUCCUGUUUCACAUUGAAAAGGGGUUCUUCAUGGAGCCGGACGAGGAUAAGCAGCAGCUUAAGAUGUGCGAUGAGCACCCGGGAUAUUGCAAUUGGAUCAAGAAGUCGGACGGGUCAAGGGUCAGUGUGCCGCUUGCUAAGCAUCAGAUUCCAAUCGAGGCUGAGAGACGGUGCCGGGAAUUCCUGCGUGAGACGAUGCCACAGCUUGCGGAUCGGCCGUUUUGUUUUGCAAGGUUAUGUUGGUGUGCGGACACGCCUAACCGUGCGUUUUUGAUCGAUCGCCAUCCCGAGUAUCCUUCGUUGGUGUUGGGCUGUGGUGGUUCGGGUCAUGGAUACAAGGAUAUCCCGUCGAUAGGAGCGUUUAUUGCAGAUGCUCUGGAGGGGAACCUGGAGCCAAGAUUGAAGAAGUCCUUUCGAUGGAGGCCUGAGACUGCGGUGAACAGGAAUUGGGAGGAUACGCAGGGCAGGUUUGGUGGUCCGAAUACUAUUAUGGAUUUGCAGGACGUCACAUCCUGGACCGAUAUACCAGCUGAGGCGAGCACCGCCAAGUUGUAA